AUGUCCGGCCUAUUUCCCGUCCAAAAGUCGAAAACGCGGCGCCCAAAUGGCAACUCGUCAAUGUCCACGAGCACACCGCUGGGAGCGAGCUCGCGACUGUCGGGAAACAAUCACUCUGGCGGACAGUCUCAGCAGAACCGACAGCUCUCGGAGGAGCAGAAGCAGGAGAUCAAGGAGGCUUUCGAGCUAUUCGACCAGGAUCAUGAUGGAGCGAUCGAUUACCACGAGCUCAAGGUGGCCAUGCGAGCGCUCGGGUUUGAGCUGAAGAAAGCCGAGGUCUUGAAGUUGAUCCGGGAUCACGAUAGGCAAGCGGAUGGCCUGAUGGAGUACGACGACUUUGUCAAGAUUAUGACCGCCCAUAUCCUCGCUCGAGACCCGAUGGAAGAGGUCAAGCGAGCAUUCAGGCUCUUUGACGACGAGGGAAGGGGGAAAAUCAACAUUAAGAACCUGAGAAGGGUAGCAAAGGAGCUUGGCGAGUCGUUGGGGGAAGAGGAGCUACAAGCCAUGAUUGAUGAAUUCGACCUGGACCAAGAUGGCGAGAUCAACCUCGACGAAUUUAUCGCCAUCAUGACAGACGGGGAAUGA